GGCUCCACAGCUUCGAAGCUAAUUUCUAGGCCUUUCAUAUCCUCUUCAUUUCAUCACCACUCCAACUAUGGCGAACCAAACAAGGUCUUUCUUCCAAAUCCCCAACCAAACAGCUUGCGUGUCUAGGCUCCAAAGCUUUGAAGCUAAUUUCUAGGCUUUUCAUAUCCUCUUCAUUUCAUCACCACUCCAACUAUGGCGAUCGAAAGCCACUCGACUCAUCAACGAGAAUCCAAAAGGCACAAAAAAACCCUCAAAACCUCCAACCCAGUCUCAGAUUCUUCAAACCCACUUCCGCAGGAACUCAUCUUCGAAAUACUCUCUAGACUUCCAGUCAAGUUUGUGCUGCAGUUCAGGUGCGUUUGCAAAUCAUGGUGUUCUUUGAUUUCUCAUCCCCAAUUCGUGAAAACCCAUCUCAAUAUAACCUCUAUUCGCCCCCAAAUUGAUCUCAAUUCAUGUUCUAUUGACUCUAUUUUGUGCAAGCAAUUUGAUACUGUUGCUGGGCUUGACAAUUACCCGUCGAAAAUCCAUCAUAGUUUGUAUCGGGUUGUGGGUUCUUGUAAUGGGUUGGUGUGUGUAGCUAUUAAAGAUGAUGCAGUGUUUCUAUGGAACCCAUCUACUAGAAAAUCCAAUAGAUUGCCUAAAAUCAAAUUGUUGUCAUGUUACUUUGUAUCAUUUGGGUUUGGUUAUGAUGAGUCUAUUGAUGAUUACAAGUUGGUGGGGAUGUUUUGUCUCGGCAGUCAGGUUUCGUAUAGGACUGAAGUGAAUGUGUAUAGUGUAAGGACUAAUUCUUGGAGGAGGAUUGGGGAGUUUCCUUAUGUUAUUACUUUUGAUGAUUCCGGUAAAUUUGCAAAUGGGGCGCUCCAUUGGGCCGUGAAGGGCGGUGAUGAUUUAAGUAACUCUUGGAUUAUUGUUUCUCUUGAUUUAGCGAAGGAGACGUAUAAGGAGGUUAUGAAACCUGAUUAUGAAGAUGGUUGUUCUUAUUCGGCCUUGGGUGUUGUAGGGGGGUGCCUAUGUGUACUCUGUAAUUAUCGUGGAACUCGUGCUGAUGUAUGGGUGAUGAAGGGUUUUGGUAUGAGAGAGUUUUGGACCAAGUUGGUUGCAAUGCCUUUGCUGACAGAUCCAUGGAAUUAUCAGUGUUCCAUUCCACUCUGCAUUUUGAGGAAUUGUGAAAUUUUACUGGAAUUUGGGUCAUAUUCACUUGUCUACAAUCCAAAAGAUGGUACAUAUAGCAAUCCCAAGAAUCAUAACAAUUGUUCCCGUAUUGACUCACAUACCUAUAUUGAGAGCCUAGUCUCACCCACUGCUGACAUUGUGAUUCAGGGGCAGCACCAAUAUUGAAAGGAAUAAAGUUUGUGUGGUUGUCAUGAGCUGGAUGCCAACCUCGGAGGCCUAUUUCCAUCCAAUGCACAAGGUCAAGCUUUGGAAGGAAAUAACAUCUUGUCAAACCGAGCCAUUUGUGAUGCCGUGGAUCCUGUUAUGGUUAAGAGAGCAAGCUAGGAGUGUUUUUCUACUUUUGAGAGCACAAGUUAUGGUCCAAGAACUUUAUGUUAGACUUUAGUUUUGAUUGUAUAUAUUGUGAAUUAUGUACUUAUUUGUAGAUGUUGUACUAAGAAGACUAAGAGAAAUAAAGUUUGCUUGUAUGUUCAUGUGAUCUAUGCACAGCUUUGGAUGGACUCUUAGCCUUGGGUAGUUGAACACUAUUGGCCGGUCAUGCCUGCUAUCUUGCUUGGGGCGGGAUGGGAACGUGACACAGCGUUGGUGUUGCCACCGGCACCUUUCUGUUCCUAGCUGACCUUGUCAGAAAGAUCAAACUUCCUGUCAACAUUGACUUCGUUCGAGCCAAGUCGUACGGCUCGGGAAUGCUAUCAAACGGUGCUUCGAGAAUUUCAUUCGACUUGAAGAUCAACAUUCAAGGAAAGCACGUAAUUCUAGAACUGUUUACAUCAUUCAAUUUGAUUUUUAAUUGUUUCGGCUAUGUUUUGUAGUUGUUUGGCAUCUAAUUGUGUGAAGAUGAAGAUUUUUUGUUUUCUGAUUUUUUGGUUGCAUAAUGACUCGUUAAGCAAUUUCAUUUUGUGACAUUUGAUU